UGGGAAAUGUGCAGUUGUGCAGUAGCCUUUAAUACGGAUUUUUUACACGUCUCCUGCUCCUUCUCUACUAUUAAUUGUACUUGACAUGAAUCAGCUAAUAAGACGUCUUAUUUUCGUUAACGCAGAAAAAUCGGCAUUUGAUUGUUUUGGACGAAGUUUUUAUAUAUCAUCACAAAAAAUGGUUAUUGCUGUUGGAGAUAAAUUGCCCACUGUGGAUCUCUUUGAGAAUACACCAGCAGAUAAGGUGAAUUUAGCACAGGCUGCAGCUGGGAAGAAAAUCAUUAUAUUUGGUGUACCAGGUGCAUUUACACCUGGCUGUUCAAAAACCCAUCUUCCUGGUUAUGUUGCAAAAGCAGGUGAACUAAAAUUGAAGGGAAUUUCAGAAAUCUUUUGUAUUAGUGUUAAUGAUCCCUUUGUUAUGGCAGCUUGGGGAAAAGAACAUGAUGCAACAGGAAAGAUACGAAUGUUAGCUGAUCCGAAAGGAGAUUUCACAGAUGCUAUAGAUCUUGGUAUAGAUCUGCAGGUUUUAGGAGGCAAGCGUAGCAAACGUUAUUCUAUGGUUGUUGAUGAUGGGAUUGUAAAGGAACUCAAUGUAGAACCAGAUAAUACUGGUUUAUCCUGUUCUUUGGCAGAUCGCAUAAAAGUUUAAAGAAAGUUAUCUUAAACUUUUCUUUUUAAUUUUUACUUCUUCAUUCUUUAAUAUUUCUAGUCAUAAUUUAUUAUCUUAACAAUUGCAUCUUUAUAAUAAAGAAAACUAAUAUAAAUUAAUUUU